AUGGAGCUUUCUCUUCUUAGACGUCAAAGUAAAGACGAUAAUGGUGUCGAUUAUGAUGUUUAUGUUUAUGAUGUCGAUUAUGAUGUUUAUGUUUAUGAUGUCGAUUAUGAUGUUUACGUUUAUGAUGUCGAUUAUGUUGUUUAUGUUUAUGAUGUCUAUGAUUAUGUUGUUUAUGUUUAUGGUGUUGAAGAUGUUUAA